GCGCGCAAGGGGCCUGGCUACGCUCGGAGCCGCGCACGAUAACGGUGUCCCGCUGCUGAGGCCGGGUCGCGGCCCUGGGGAAGGGAGUGGAGCGGGCCCUGAAGCUGUCGCUGUGUUGCGCAGCGGUCCUGGCAGCACUGUGUUGAAAUCUUCUGGUCCUUAAGCCUCUUUGAAACUGGUUUUGACUGCUAAGUUGGCACAAUGAGUGACUUUGAGAAGACCCUGCACCAGGACAUGGUUUCUCAGCUGCAUGACUUCGCUGCUGCUGGAGACACAGCCAGGCUGAAGGCACUGCUCAGGUGCUCCCCGUCACUGCUCAAUGCGUCCGGAGGGAACGGCUGGACAGCCCUUAUGUACGGUGCUAGAAAUGGACACCUUGAGGUUGUGCAAGUUCUUCUUCAAGAAGGGUGUGACCGAUCCAUCAUUAAUAAAUCAAGGCAGACAGCUCUGGACAUUGCUAAAUUUUGGGGAUACAAACACAUAGCUAAUUUGUUGGCUAAUGUGAAAGGUGGUCAGAAACCUAGUUUUUUGUCAAAUUAUGUGAAAGAAUAUGAAAAUUAUUUUGGGAUGACGCUUCUGGACAGAAGGAGUGAUAAAAGAACAGAUUCCAAGUGGCUAAGUGAAAAACAAAGCCAUCCAUCUACAGUAUACAUCCUCUUCUCAGAUCUAAGUCCCUUGGUUACUUUGGGUGGGGAAAGAGAGAGCUCACAGCAACCAGAAGUAAAGCUUUGCAGGCUGCACCACAAGGAUGUGGAAGAGUGCAUGAACCAAACCGAAGAAUGUACCUUGGUUUUUCUUGGAGUUGAACUUCAGUAUGAUGUGAACCUGAUGCCUGCUUGCAGUGGAAGAGUUCUGCAAGAAGAAGAUGGGUUAGUUGCUUGGUUUGCUCUUAGCAUAGGUUCCGCUUCUGCUGAAAAAUUUAAACAGAAGCAUGAGGAUUGUUACUUUCUUCAUCCGCCAAUGCCAGCAUUACUGCAGUUACCUGAAAAAGAAGCUGGAGUAAUAGCCCAGGCAAGAUCUGUUCUAGCAUGGCACAGCCGCUACCGAUUCUGCCCAACAUGUGGGAGUGCAACCAAGAUUGAAGAAGGGGGUUACAAGAAAACUUGCUUAAAAGAAGAUUGUCCCAGUCUCCAAGGAGUUCACAACACAUCAUAUCCAAGAGUUGAUCCAGUUGUGAUAAUGCAAGUCAUCCAUCCAGAUGGGAACCACUGCCUUUUAGGUAGGCAGAAGAGGUUUCCCCCAGGAAUGUUUUCCUGCCUUGCUGGAUUUGUAGAACCUGGCGAAACCAUAGGAGAUGCUGUUAGAAGAGAAGUAGAGGAGGAGACUGGAGUCAAAGUUUCCCAUGUUCAGUAUGUCUCUUGUCAGCCAUGGCCAAUGCCCUCCUCCCUAAUGAUUGGCUGCUUAGCUGUUGCAGUGUCUACAGAAAUUGAAGUCGACAAAAAUGAAAUAGAGGAUGCCCGCUGGUUCACUAGAGAACAGGUUGUGGAAGUUCUCAUUAAAGGAAACCAGCAUUCUUUCUUUGUACCACCAAGCCGAGCUAUUGCACACCAGUUGAUAAAACAUUGGAUUGGAAUGAAUGCUAAUCUUUAAUUAAAAUAAUUGAUUUAUUGAAGUUA